AGUUUUGUGACCGCAAAAGUGUUUUUUCUAUGUUCUUUUAUUUUUUUCAUUUUUAAAAUCUCUAUUUUUUUAGAGAAAUAAAUAAUUUUAUAUUAUUUAUUUUUAAUAAUAUCAUAUUUAAUGAAAGUUUAUAAAUUAUUUAAAAUAAAAUUUAAGCAUUAUAAUUUGAUGGGAAAAAUUAGUAGUGAAAAAUUCAAGCAGUGAAAGUGAAAAAAAAGAAAAAAUUCCCUUCAAAGUGUUUUCGGUUGUUUUUUUUUUCUUACUUAAUUUUUGUGAUUUUUUAAAUUUAAUUUAUACAAAAAAAAGAAAAUAAAUUAUCACAUUUAUAAAAGAUCAAAUAAAUUCGAAAACACCAAACAUAUUUUCGAUUUUGGCAAAGAAAUAAAUAAUUGAUAUGGGAACAUUUUCAACAUGGGAUUACGUAGUAUUUUCAUUAGUUUUAGUGAUAUCCGCAGGAAUCGGUGUAUAUUUCCGUUUAACCGGUGGAAAACAAAAAACAACCAAAGAAUAUUUAUUAGCUGACAAAAGUAUGUCAACACUACCUGUAGCAUUUAGUUUAAUGGCUAGCUUUAUGUCUGCGAUAACACUAUUAGGAGUUUCAACUGAGAAUUAUCAAUUUGGAACGAUGUUUGUUAUUAUUAAUAUUUCAUAUAUUAUAAGUACACCGAUUGCGGCCUAUCUAUUUUUGCCAGUAUUUUAUAGAAUGAAUACAACAAGUGUUUAUGAGUACUUAGAAAAAAGAUUUGGUAAAGCAGCAAGAUUGUGCGCUUCUUUAGCGUACUCUAUUCAAAUGAUAUUAUAUAUGGGCAUUGUACUUUAUGCACCAGCUUUAGCCCUUGAAGCUGUAACUGGAAUUGGAAAGACUGCUGCUAUUUUAACUAUAGGAAUUAUUUGUACAUUUUACUCAACAAUUGGAGGGAUGAAAACAGUUAUUUUUACAGAUGUUUUCCAAUCAAUACUUAUGUUUGCUGCAAUUUAUAGUGUAAUUAUUACAGCUGCAAUUAAAGCAGGUGGAUUAGCACCAAUUUGGGAGAUUGCUGUUGCAGAUAAACGAGUUGAAUUUUUAAAUUUCGAUUUGGAUCCAACAACACGUCAUACGUGGUGGUCAUUAAUUAUUGGUGGUAUGGUGACCUAUUUAUCACUCUAUGGUGUUAAUCAAGUACAAAUACAACGACUUUUAACUGUACGUAAUUUAAAGUCAUCACAAAGCUCUCUUUGGAUGAAUAUUCCAAUUUUAUCAUUAUUAAGCUUUAGUACAUCAUUUAGUGGUUUAGCGAUUUAUUACUACUAUAGAAAAUGUGAUCCAUAUUUGGAAAAAAGAAUUAAUUCAAGGGAUCAAAUAAUGCCUCUUUUUGUACUCGAUACAAUGGGUGAUUAUCCUGGAUUAUCUGGCCUCUUUGUAUCUGGAAUAUUUUCAGCAAGUCUUUCAACUGUUAGUUCUGCUGUUAGUAGUUUAGCUGCUGUUACUUUAGAAGAUUAUUUUAAACCACUGUACAGAUGUGUAAAAAAGAACACCAUUCAUGAUGAUCAUUCUUCUUUAUCUUCUAAAAUUAUGGCAUGCGUAUAUGGUUUUGUUUGUAUAGGAUUGGCAUUUGUAGCACAAUCGAUGGGCGGUGUACUUCAAGCAUCUUUAACUAUAUUUGGAAUUGUUGGUGGACCUCUAUUAGCUUUAUUUACAUUAGGAAUGUGUACAACAAGAGCUAAUCAAAAAGGUGUAUUAAUUGGUCUUUUUAUUGGUUUAGCAUUUUCGUUUUGGAUAGGAUUUGGAAUAAGUAAACCACCACCAAAAACAUUAGAUUUUACAACAGAAGGCUGUCCAAUUAAGAAUUUUACACAAUUAUUGGAAACUCAAGCAUUAACACAAGAUUCGGAUCAGUACUUAUGGAUUUCCAAAAUAUCUUACUUAUGGUAUUCAGUUUUAGGUUUUAUAAUCUCUUUUACUCUUGGAUACAUAUUUAGUAUUAUAAUGGAAAAAUUAAAAUUUGAUUUAAAUGAUCAAAUUUAUAUUAAUUCGAAUAGAAAUUGUUUAAAUUAUGAUCUUUUUAUACCACCACUUGCAACAUAUCUAAAAGGAGAAGCUGUUAAUCGUUUAGCUGCAUUAGACAAUAUUAGUAAUAACAAUGAAAAUCUUAAUGGUCUCUUGAUAUCAGAUUCAUCAAAAAAUGAUUAUGUAGAAAACGAUAUUUUAAAAUAUAACAAGGUCCCCAAUAACGAUCAAUUUAGCUGAAAGAAUUAUUCUCAAUUAACAAUUAGAAUUUAUUUUAAUUUUGUAUAUUAUAUACAUGUAUUAAUAUACAUUCAUGUAUAUAAGUUAUAUAUUAAGUGCUUUAGUUAAAUAAGCUAAGAAAUUGGUAGAAAAAAAAAUUUUAUUUUUUAAACUAUGUUUUAUAUUAUAUGCAAUAAGUAUAUUGCAAUGAAAUUGUCUUCCAAAAUUACAAUUUUAUGUAUCUGUUAGUUUAGAUAUAUGUGUGUUGCUUUAUUAUAUAAGAGAACAAUAAUUUAUGUACA